ACAUGUUAUGAAAAUUUUUUCAUUCGAAGCAGUAGAAACUAGAAUAUGUAAUCAAGCUAUCGUUAUUUUAUUAUUUCACUGCUUCAUUCAGUUGGUAAUUAAAGUACACAAAUGGAAGACAAUCGUAAUGGCACUUCGACCAUUGCUCGUGGGAGCUAUAAAAUCGAAAAUGGACGGCUAAGCUACAUAGGCCAUGAUAUAACUCGAAUCCCAGACGUCUUCGGUAAACUUCACGGAUCAGAAAUAACAACUUUGGAUUUGAGUUUCAAUAACAUUAUGAAUUUGAGUAGCUUGGAGAGAUUUCCUGCUUUGACUCAUUUAAUUUUGGACAACAAUCAAUUAAGUGACAGUAUUAUGUUCCAACCAAUACAGACCUUGGAGACAUUAUCGUUGAACAACAACAAAAUUACAGAUUUGGACGGAUUAGUACAAAAGCUACGUAAAAAUUUCCCCAUCUUGAGACAUCUCAGUUUACUCGGUAAUAAAGCUUGUCCAAAUCAAAUUUCCGAUUCGCAGAAGGAUGAAGAUGAUUACAAACGAUACAGAUGCUUCGUCCUGCAUUACUUGAGAACUUUAAGAUUCCUGGAUUUUUCACCAGUAUCUGUGCAGGAGCUUCGAGAAGCAGCUAUUAAAGGACAAUUUAUGCUCAUCAAGAGACCUAAAGAGAUACCUGAAGUGGACGAUUUCUACGAACAAGACUCAUGCAGGUACACUCCAUUACCUGAAUCCGAUCAAAAAGUUGGUGAACAUAAAGGAGCAUAUGGAAUGUUUAAAUUCCGUUACACUACCAAACAGUCGGAAGGUAAUCGGUUUAUCGUGAAUAAUGACUUAUGAAUUUGUGUUCAGUUUUUUAAACUUAUUGAUUAAGGCAGCUCAUACGUACUUAACAAUGAAAUUUUUCCUCAUUCCGAUCCAAUAAUGUAAGAAUACUUAGUAUCGACAGUUUGACUGAUAUAUUGCGAAACCAAUUUAUCAAUUUUUAUUAUUUAUGGUUAGUUACCUUUAUUGCGUGCAAUUUUAUAAUACGUUCCACAUUUUUUUUAUACCCUUCGUUAGUAAAUUUUUUUAUUCUUGAGAAAA